AUGCCAAUUCCUUCUGCACCGAUCUUUCGUCCGCCGAACUACUCUUAUUUCCGACCACAGGCUUCUGUGUCAGUACAGUCUACCCCACUGCAGCAACAGUAUAGGCCUGGAAACCAGAGACCUAACAACAAUGAGAGAGAAAAAGGAAAUGUACCGGGGCAGAUGCAUACCAUGGCCGGGGGAAGUUCUGGAGCUCAUGUCGGAAACCCAGUCGUCGAGGGUAUGGUACCUAUGUCACAUUCUUUUGCACGAGUUUUGUUCGACACUGGUGCUACGCACUCUUUUGUUUUCACUACUUUUGUGAAAAUUUUGGGUUUGAAACCCGAUGACUUAGAGACUUCAAUGUUUAUAAGUUCUCCAUUGGGAUGUGUGGAGGUGACUAGUGUAUGUAGGUCGUGUGUGAUCACGAUUGGAAGUGAGAAAUUAAAGGCAGAUUUGAUAAUCCUUCCCAUGAAUCCGUUUGAUGUGGUGCUUAGAAUGGAUUGGUUGUCAAGAUAUGGGGCGAUUAUUGAUUGCCACCGUAUGAGAGUUACCUUGACUACCGGUUUUGGCAUGACAGUAACGUAUCAGGGAGUAUUAGAGGGUGAAUCCGGUAUCGCCGGGGAGAAUGUUGAGGUCCCCGUGGUCGAUGAAUAUGCGGAUGUAUUCCCUGAUGAGUUGCCUGGUUUACCACCUGAUCGGGAGAUCGAGUUUUGCAUCGACUAA